CAUUUUGUUGUAGUUCGCAAUUGAACACAAAUGUAUGUGUUUUGACAGCAAAUUAUAAUAAAUGUAAACUGCAUUGAGAGCUCAACACAGCUGAUUUAAUUAAUGCCGAGCACAAAAAUCAUUAAAUGUGGCGGGAUUCGUCAUGUUUAUACAAAUUAGCACGUACAAAUUAAAUUAUAUAAAAAUAAUAAAGUUAAGUAAAUGAAGGCAAGAUGAAUUGCACAGUUUUCCCCAACAAGCAAAUAAGAAUUAUAUUGCGCAUUUUACAAAGAAGACAGUUAACACUGUAUGCAGCCUGUGCUUCAAGUUUGAAUAGGACUACAUGCGACCUUAAUCGAGGAUAUAAAAAUCUUUUCAAAAAUCAAAUUCACAAUGUAACUGCAGUCUGUGAUACUAAACGUUUUUAUUGUCAAACUAAUGUUCCAGUAGAACACAGCGACACCAUUCUGCCUACAAAAAGUUCAUAUUUGGAUGUAUUUGUUGAUCUAGACUCUGACUUGACAAAUACAAUGCUUAAGGCAUUGAUUUAUCCAAAUCCUGAUGUACUGCAAAAUAAACUUAAUCAUUGUCAAAGUGAACAAGAGUUGCUGGAAGAACUUUUGCAACAGAAACACGAAUUUAAAAGUCGCCACUACGUUCAAAGCAUCCUUAUAUUGUGGACGCUUUUUAAAAACACAAGAUGCCUACCUAAUAAUCAAGUGUAUUUUAUGAAUUUAAUGUCGCAUAUACUGGAGGGACUGCAAAAAUACAUACCAAACCUAAACGAAAUUGAACUGAGUUGUUCAUAUCUUUACUUACGCAAAUUGGGUGCAGAAAAUACACAUACUACAAUGCGUGAACUUCUAUGUAACUCGCUUGAAAAUGUAAAAUUUGCAAGGGCGCCUAUACCGCUUUGUGCACUUUCACGUUUGGUGGUAGGCAUAAACACCGGUAGGGAAUUUCACGUGCCAACUGUUUGUCAGCAUUUUAUGUGGCACAUUAACGCUCAUUUACAAAAUUGUGUAACGGAAGAAGAUGUGCGAUUACUAUCGAUAUGUUUUCUCAAUUUGCACGCACUGGUUACUAAGGAUAUGCUGGACAAAUUUAAGUCAAAAGUCCGUGAAAUGUUGUUGAUAGGCACCUUAAAUUCUACCACUGUGAAAUCGUUGCUGAAAUUGACAAAUAUGCUAAAUAUGAGUAUAUGGUCACAGCAGAAUUCUGUUUUGAUACGCGAUAUAAUGCAUAUGCUCCACACAAGUAUACCGCAAAUGAAUGAAAACGAAAUAAAGUUUUUAUGUCGAGCAUUUCACCAUCAUCAUGAACCAGCUAGUGUGGCAGACCCACUAAUGAAAGCUACCGAAAAGUUACCUUCAACAAAUAUAUCAGCAUUUGCAUGCUUUAUGCCAUUUGCAGAACUAAAAAAACGUGAAGAGCUUACUAAACUAUUUAGGAAAAUGGUAGUUGUUAGAGAAAAUUGGUCUGAUUAUAAUGCCAGUAGUAAUUUCUUUACAAUAUUACGCGGUUUAAAAAUUGCUGAUGUUAAGCUUUGUGAUCUUUAUUGGUCUACGGUGUUGGAACAGAUUCAACAAGAACGAAAUGAGGAUUUAGUAUUUUUACGCCAUUGCCAUCGUUAUAUGAACUUUAAUAAUAAUUUGGGUGGAACAUAUCGUUACACACCUCUCGAAAGACAUUUAAGUCAAUUAUCAAUGGAUGCUAUUGAAAAUAGUAUAAAUGGGCGGUUACCAAACAAAUUUGCACGUCUGGCUGCUUUUGUAAUAGCUUAUGGUCAUACAGAAUUAUGUUGGAAAAAAUUUCCCAAUGUUAUAAUAUCGAAAAUUCUAUCUAUGGCUGAACAGUUUACUAUAAAUGACUGUCUAUUACUCAGUCGUGGCAUACAAAUCGCUUCAGAAUUAAGAUUUCGCUUUUACAUACCGACCCUGCUUGAUUUGCAGUUGGACACAAUUACCAAUGUGUUAACAGCUUGUGCCGAAAGGCAUCUCAGCAAAGAGGAUAAAUUAACUGUACCAGAACUUAACACAAUCGUUCGUUCACUUGGAUCAUAUAAAAAGCUCAAAAAUUCCGUUACAUACCACAACGCACUUAAUAAAUAUAAAGAAGUCGAUUUAAGCGAUUUGAACUCUCGUCUAAUACGUGAUAUAACAAUAAAUUUAACUACCUCAAAUUUUAUAAUACCAGAAUUAUUGGAUGCCAUGUGUAACUAUGUAGAAAAGAACUAUGAGUAUGUAACUGCCGACACGGUUGAAAAACUUUUAACAUGCUGCUACCAUUUGGGCUAUACACCAAAAACCUUAACCCUAUUUGAAUAUGCAGCUUCAAUGCUAAUGAGAGACUUUGAGCAUAUGAGUGGUAUAUCCAUUGUACAGACAUGCUUAGCGCUUUGCUUUUAUAAAGCAAUUCCUGAGCAACUUAUCAAUAGAGUGUUUUGUGUGAAAUUCAUUCAACGUAUAGAAAAUGAGAUACAAAUGUGCUAUUCAAAGGCUACAUAUCCAGAACGUGUACUUAAUUUAGUGAUGCAGCUGAAUCGCACGGUAUGCUUGGAUUUUCCUGAAGCUAAUGUUCCUUGGUUUCAACAAAAUUAUCUAGAAGCACACCUAAGCAGAAAACAACCGAUACAAAGUAAUUUUAGUGAAGAUGUACGAGAAUUACUUAAAAAAUUACUGAAAGACAAUAAAUAUCUUCGUUGUAAUCACAUAACGCCUUAUGGAUAUCAGAUAGACUUUGUUAUACAUUUUGAUAAGGACAAGCAACUCAUACCAGCACCGGUUGAGUCCACAUUAUUGGAUCGUAUAACCAAGGUAGCUAUAUUGUUGCUUAAAUUGGACUCAUUUUGUGAAAAUGAUCUAACUACACUACGUGGUCCGGAAUUACUAAAAAUAAAGCAUCUUGAAAUGAUGGGUUAUAAGGUGUUGCAUAUCAACGAGCAUGAUUGGAACUCAAAGUAUUUGAAUGUACCUGGUGCUAAAGAUAACUAUCUUAAAUGUUUGUUGAAGAUUUCGAAUUGACCCGCAAGACUGUUUUAUGUAUAAUACUUUUGUUAUUGUUAGAUAUAUAUAUGUAA